AUGGACGACGUCAAGGAGGAGAAACCGACAGAGAAUCCCGAAGGUCCCCUGGCGUCUGGCGAGCAACAGGUUGUGAUAUCCUUGGACGGGGAGGUUCUCAACGCAUCUGGCCACGUGGACCAGCUGAACCGCCAAUAUGGUCUAUUGAGUAUCUUGGGUCUUGCAAUGACGGUCGACAAUGCAUGGGUCGCCCUGGGAACAUCGCUCGCCGUCUCGAUCUACAAUGGAGGUGCUCCCGGAGUGAUAUGGGAGCUGUGGGUUGCGGCCUUCUACUACAGCUUCAUCAACGCCUCCAUCGCCGAACUCGCGUCCUCGGUGCCUUCUUCUGGAGGCGUCUAUCACUGGGCGACCAUCACCGCAGGGCCCAAAUGGGGCCGUCCCAUGGGGUUCUUUGCCGGUUCUCUGAACUAUUUCGGCUGGUUGUUUGACCUGGCGUCCAUUUCAUACAUCAUGUCGGAACUGUGCGUUCAGAUGUACUUUCUGUACCAUCCAGACUAUGUGAUUCAGCCCUGGAAUCUGUUCGUGGGCUUGGUGUGCAUCAUUGUGUUGUGUCUGACCGUCACCAUCUUUUUCAACAACACGCUGGCUUAUCUUCAGCACUUUGGCCUGUUCAUUGUCACGGUGGGCGGCAUCGUCACCAUCAUUGUCCUCGCGGGCAUGCCAUCUCGCCACGCGUCCAACAGAUUUGUCUGGACCGACUUCCAGAACAACACGGGCUGGAGCGGCGGAGUGGCUUUCUUGACCGGUGUUCUCAACGGGGCUUUCACCAUCGGCACGGCCGACGGGGUGACACACAUGGCUGAAGAACUGCCCAAUCCCAAACGUGACCUACCCAAGGCGAUCUUCGCCCAGAUCGGCCUCGGGUUCCUGUAUGCGUGGUGCUUCGCCAUCGCGCUCUUCUACGGCGUCAACGACCUCACGGCCGUGCAGAACAGCAACGGCUCAUUCCCACUGGCGCAGGCCUACUCGCAAGCGACGGGCAGCCGGGCGGCGACGUUCGGCCUCCUCUUCAUCAUCUUCCUGUCCCUCGUGCCGUGCCUGAUCGGGACGUUUCUGACUGUCGGACGCACCUGGUGGGCGCUCGCCCGCGACAAUGCCACCCCGUUCUCGGGCUUCUUCUCGCGCGUGAACGAGAGACUGAGCUGUCCCAUCGAAGCCACCCUCCUGACGGGGCUGCUGACCAUCGGCCUCUGCGCAAUCACCCUCGGCAGCAAGACGGCCUUCAACGACCUGGCCGGCUCCUUUGUCGUGCUCAGCAGCGUCUCGUACGUCGUCACCAUCCUCCCCAACAUCGUCACCCGCAGGAAGUACAUGCCCGUGGGGCCGUUCACCCUGGGCAGGUUCGGGUACCUGAUCAACGGGCUCGCGGUGGUUUUUAUCAUUUUCUUCGACACCUUUUAUUGUUUUCCUUACGCCCUCCCCACGACCACCGCCACCAUGAACUACAACUCGGUCAUCCUGGUCGGGGUCGUCGCCCUCACGACAUUUUGGUGGUUCGUCCACGCCGUGCGCAAAUACGACGGGCCCAACGUGGGCAAGAUGAUCCAGGCGAAUCUCAUGGAGGCGAGGCGGGCGUCAAAGGUUUAG